CAGUGUUUCCGUCUUGAGGGGGAAGGCUUUUUUUGUCUGUUGGUCGCUGAGAGAGAGAGGAGAGAUCUGUCAGUGAUGGAGGAUGUGUAGAGCCAGCCAGGAAGGAGUUCCUGAUAUAGAUAACAGUGUGGAAGAAUCAGAGAAAGAAGGAGGAGGCUGCACACAAUAAGAAACAAGUUGCUGGUAACACAGAAUCGUUAGCUGUGCUUCGUUACUGCUUAAUUCAAGCGGAUGAAAUAUCACAGAAGAGGCCACUGAGGCGUUCAUCGUCUGCUGCAUUAUCUCCUGCCAAUGAAGAGACUGGCUGCUGUGACGUUGAGACUGCAGUUUUAAAUGUUACCGAACUGCAAGAUAAAAUAACAAUUUUGCAGAUCUGCAUUGGACCACAUGGAAGAUAAAGGUAAAGAAUAGUACUUCUUGAAUACCCAGGCUCAGCAUCUACAAAUCUUGUCUGGUUUCUAUAUCCCUCCGCUAUGAUGGCUGUCUUUUCCUUCAGUUGCAGGAUACGUCCAGCAAUGUUCAAAUCUAUGUUGAAUAUCACUGUCUUGAUAUCGGGCAGUCCUGCUUUGAAAGCAUCUUUCAGGUUGAAGAAUUUUCCCAAACUUACUCUUGCUUAUCUAGGUCUUGGAGCUUCAUCAGUUGCAAAUUCCCAGAGGAUGGUCACUAUGGAAGCAAAAGUGUUACAUUGGCCAAAUUCAAAGUCUAAACACUCAUUUUUGAAAGAUCUAUUCUGGAAGCUUCGUUUAACUGUCCAAGUGGUUGUUCGAGCUAUGCUUCUGCUAUUGAGGUUUGGACCUUUGUUGCUGCUGUAUCCAGUUUGUCUUGCAUCUUCCAGUUUUGCUGUUUUCUGGUGUAAUUUGCUCUUGAGAUCCAUUGAAGCUGCAGGUCCUACUUACAUAAAACUUGGCCAGUGGUUCAGCACCAGAAGGGAUCUCUUUUCAGCAGAGUUCUGUGAUAAGCUCUCCAGACUUCAUGUCCAUGUUACACCACAUCCUUGGAAAUACACAGAGUAUCGUCUGAAAAGGGCCUUUGGAGAGGGCUGGAGGAAUAUAUUUCAGAUUGAAAAUAAGAAACCCAUCAGAUCAGGCUGCAUUGCUCAGGUCUAUAGAGCUUACACUGAUCCAAGGAACAUUAAUAACUCUGAAUUUCAGAAACUUGUGGAAAGUUUUGAAAAAGAGGAUCACUUUGAAGCCUGGGAGGUAUUUGGGCUUCAAGGCAUAUUUCAUUAUAUGUUUGGUAAAAAACAGAAUGAUUUUCAAGAUCAGACCAACAAAGUUGACUGUAAUAACCCAAAAAAUGGGUCUGAAACUGCUGAGGAAUCCACUGGAAUACCAGAACUGGAGGAUAGAAAGGCAGACCAUCACCCUGAACCAGGAACACGCAUUCCAGUGGUUAUCAAGGUGAUGCAUCCUGGGAUAGCCCAUCGCGUCAAUGUGGAUCUGAUGCUGAUGAAAGCAGCAAGCUGGGUUCUCAAUCUCCUGCCAGGUCUGAAGUGGCUGAGGUUGACUGAAUUAAUAGGAGAAUUUGAAGAGCUCAUGACACGACUGAUUGACUUGCGAUACGAGGCAAAGAAUAUGGAGAAGUUCCGAGAGAAUUUUCAGAGUAUGGAGUCAGUCAAGUUUCCAAUACCACUCCGGCCAUUUGUCACAAGGACGAUUCUGGUUGAAACAUUUGAGGAGAGUGAACCCAUCUCGGUGUGCUUGGCAAAGGACGUACCUAAUGUACUGAAACAGAGGUUGGCAAGAGUUGGGGUGGAGAUGCUGCUGAAGAUGGUGUUUGUGGAUAACUUUAUUCAUGGAGACCUUCAGUCUAGAAAUAUUUUCAUCCAGGGGGCUGAUCAGUUCCAUCUACAAAACGAUGACAAGACAACGAUUGUAGACUUAUGUGAUACACUAAUUGUUAAUGUGCAUCAUUCCCAAUGCCCAUUAAAGCUUAUUCUUCUAGAUACUGGCAUUGUUACUGAACUCCACCCAUCUGACUUGCAUAAUUUCAAGGCUGUCUUCACUGCUUUAGUUGAAGGACAGGUGAGAGCAUGUGAAUUCUUCUUCCUUUACAUGUGCCAUUCUAUCUCCAAAAAACCAGACAAGGGAUGUGCUGCAAAAUGUAGGUCACUCGGCUCCUGUCGUGUGUUUACUUCACUUUUUAAUCUAACUUGAGAAUUUCAAGUUUGGAAUCAUAAUUUUUU